CCUUCAGGAUGAAGUUAGGACUUGGAGAAGACGGGCUCGCAAGUCGGAGGGAAGGUUGGCGGGUGCGCGCAUGCGUGCUGGGCUACCUCCACGUGCGGCUGGGCCGUGGCCUCCCCGCGCUCAGAGGCCCCGCCUCCAGGCCCUUCCCCUGCCGCAGCAUCUUUCCGGACGCGCGGAGCCGGCUAGAAGAAGGGAGGUUGGGCCUCGCAGCUCGGCCCCGCCUCCACCGCCUCUAAUUGGGCGUGGGUGAGGACGCCCCCUCCUACUGCCUUCCUAUUGGAGCGCGCGUGCGAGCUACGCACCCCAUUGGGCCGUACGGAUUUGGGCACCAAAUUCAAAGAUUUUAAAAGUACCAGCUGGCGCCUUUUAGGAGAUACAGCUCCGUGAAGCGGACGGCCGGAUCUUCUAGUGUGGCAGCUGUUCCCUCACCUGAGGCAGAGCCCCCCACCCCCACUUUCACUGGCAUGAGCCAGCGCCCCUGCCGCUGCUCUCCACGGCCCCCCUCCAGCUCCUGCCGCUGCAGCUGCAGCGACCUGACAGCCGCCGGCCGCCCUCGGCCCUCAGACAGUUGUAAAGAAGAAAGUUCCACUCUUUCUGUCAAAAUGAAAUGUGAUUUUAGCUAUAACCAUAUUCAUUCUGGACUUAAAUUAGUAAAGCCUGAUGAUAGUGGAAGACAAGGUUCCUAUACUCCUGCAUAUUUGGAAGGUUCUUAUAAAGAUUGCAUUAAAGACUAUGUAAGGUUAUCAGAUAUUGGGUCACCAGUUGUGAGCCCCAGGAUUGUAGAACUUGAAUCUGAAAAUGAAAACAAGCUCUUUCAUAACAAGGAAAAUCAACAUGUGCAACAAAUACUUGAUAGUUCAAAUGAGACAGAAGAACUAGAGACCAGUGGACCUUAUGAAGACAGUGGCUAUACUUCAUUUUCCCAGCAAAGUGGCUUCAGUGAACAUGAAGAGAGUAGCCUUCCCUUGGAAAAUUUCAGUGACAGUCCACAGUCUCACCUGCUUCAGAUGAAAAGCCCAGACCAAUAUCCCAGCAAAAACUUGCCGGCUCUUCACUUUGCAAAAAUGGUUUGUUCAACAUUAAAAAAGAAUGCCAAGCGAAAUCCUAAAAUAGAUUGGGAGAAACUGAAAGAAUGUAUAUUCAGUGGAAAUUUUGGACUACAGAAUAUAAUUGGCAGGAAAAUGGGCCUAGAAUAUGUAGAUAUCCUCAGUGAACUCUUUCGAAGGGGACUCAGACAUCUCCUAGCAAAUAUUUUAACACAGCUCAAUGAUAUGGAUUUAAUCAAUGUGUCUAAAGUGAGCACAACUUGGAAGAAGAUCCUAGAAGAUGAUAAGAGAGCAUUGCAGUUAUACAAUAAAGCAAUAGAGAGAGUUAAUGAAAAGAACAUUAAGUUUUCACCACAUGCUUCAACCAGAGAAUAUGUUAUGUUCAGAACUGCAUUAGCUUCUGUUCAAAAAUCAGCAGCCCAGGCUCACCCCAAAAAAGAUGCUCAAACCAAGUUAUCCCAUCCAGGUGACCAGAAAGGUUCUACUUACAGUCGACACAGUGAAUUCUCUGAGGUUGCCAAGACUUUGAAAGAGAAUGAAAGCCUCAAAGCCUGUGUUCGCUGUAAUUCACCUGCGAAAUAUGAUUGCUAUUUACAGCGGGCAGUCUGCAAACGAGAAGGCUGUGGGUUUGAUUAUUGUACAAGGUGUCUGUGUAAUUAUCAUACCACCAACGAAUGUUCAAAUGGCAAACCCCUAAAAGCCAGUUAUAAAGUAGGUCCUCUGCCGGGUACUAAAACAAGCAAGAAGAAUUUACGACGAUUGUGAUGUCUUGUUAAAUCAAUUUUGUACCUGAUUGUGAACGUUAGUUAGAACAUGUUAGGUUUUAAUUUAAAAAAAAGCCAAUGUAUUGUGAUUUCCAAUUUUGUGUUGAAAUCAUUGUAGUUCUUUGGAUUUUCUCCCCCUUGAGUAAAGAGAAUAUACAACCUCUUAAAAUAUUUUACAAUUUAGUUUGAAAAAGUUUAAAAUUCUCAGUACAAAUCAGAAAAUUAUAUGUUUUAAGAAAAAAGGAAAAGUAGUUAUCUGAUAUUUGUAAUUCGGUAUAAAAUAAAAUUGAUUCAAUUUUUAUGGUAAAGGAAGACCGUGUAAUUUUACCUAGAUAUCUUAAAUAUUAUCUUGUUCACCAUCUAUUAGCAUUUGAGACAUUUUAUUUGCCCUACCAAAUUAAUACCUAUUGAAAUAACUUUGGAGUCUGUUAAUUUAAAUGUUUUGUUAUCUUUCUUUAACCUCUUUUUCAGUGUGUACAUGUUCUUAAAAAGUACACUUUGUGUUAUCUUUUUCCUAUUUGUAAGUCUGUGUGUUUUAAUAUUUUUGUACAUAUGUAAAUACUUCUGUAUUUUUUUA